UUAAUUUCCGGGUUAGAACCGACACUUGCCAAACAAACAGUUUCACAGUACGCUCGUUCAUCUAAAUGAUGUUUAGUAAUUGAAAUAACAUUCGGGGUUAUUCGGCAACACGAGUAGUUAGGGUUUUUAGUGUACUUAUUAUUUAAUGUGUGUUACGGAUGCUGUGUGGGUUGUGUAUUUGCAGUUUACACGCAGCAACAAUGGCGGUACAACUCUGAUCUUCUGAUCUUCAGCUCUGUGUUGGCAAUGUACUAACUGCGAAACUUUAAAAAAUGCCAUCAAGAAAUCAUCUUGAGAAAGUUGGAAGGAAGAAGAAAAAGAAAUGGACAGAAGAGGCAAUGGAACGUGCACUGGUUGAGGUGAAGUCGGGAAGAUGUACUGUAAGACAGGCUGCAAAGCAGUUUGGAGUCCCAAAAUCAUCACUUGGUGACCGUGUGAGUGGACGGGUGACACCGGGGAGCCGCAGCGGGCCUGCUCAGCUAAUAACAUCCUCUGAUGAGGAGCUAUUGGUGGAGUUUUCUUUAUACAUGUCCAAGCAUGGAUUCCCACUUACUAAGCAACAGUUGGUGUCAUUUGCAUCUUCCAUUUACAAGCGUCAACACAGGAGGGUUGCCUUUUCUAAACUGGGCCAAACCUGGUGGCUGAACUUCAGAAAACGCCAAGAAAAGAAUAUCAGCAUUCAACCUGCUGAUAGUGUUAUCAGGAGGACAGUUCAUGUCAGAAAAGAAGAGGUGGAUCAAUUUUUCCACCUCCUGAGCACUGUGGUGGAAGCUCACGCUUUGGGGAACAAGUCUCACCAGAUCUGGACCUGCAGCGAGAUGGAUUUUCAGCUGGCUCGGAAGAGGGUGGUUCUCCCCAAAGCGAACAGUCUUGGUUGCAAGUCAGCACCAGCGAACAGGGACUACAUCUCUGUCCUCGUUUGCUUUAACGCUGCCGGGAAGGACAUUCCCCCGUUUAUUGUCUUCUCCAAAGCAUACCCAGGAGGGGUUUGCUACAAGACACAAGGACCAGCAGACGCCCUCUAUGGAUGGUCAGACUCGGGAUGUGUCACCUCUGAGCUUUUCAAGAGGUGGUUCCUUCGACACUUCCUCGUGUAUGCACCCAAGGAGCGUCCACAGCUGCUCAUUUUCCAGGGACACAAGUCGCCCGUGAACCUGGAGGUAGUGGAGGCUGCUCGUAAGGAGGACAUCAUCCUUCUGUGCUUGCCGCCCCAUUGCUCUCCCAACCUGCAGCCCCUGGAUGCGGGCUUGUGUCCACUUGUCAGGAAGCGUUUUUCAGCACUCUUAGGUGACGCAAACACCACUGAUGCCACUCUCUUUGCGGUCAGCAAGAAGGACUUCUCUGGUGUGCUCAAGGGGGCCUAUCAAGUGGCUAAAGAGGAUGAGGGGGUCAGGGUAGUCAAGGAAAGUUUUAGGAAAUGUGGCAUCUACCCCUUGAGCCACUUUGCGGCUAAUGAGGCCCGUUUAAUGUCACCACACAGCAUGGACCCUACGGAUGCAGCAGUAUUGUCCAUGCCAGCUCAGCAUGUUGCGGGGGGUUUCAAUGCGCCCGGACCCUCUGCCUAAAUAUGUCACAGUGCCCCACCACCAAGCUUAUUUUUUAACGUAAUAUCAAGAUUUUUAUCUCUCAUGUGUGAAUGCUAUGCUACAAGACAAGUGAAAGCAGCAUAAAAGAGCCCAUUCAUCCAUAUUCAAUGCCGCUGGAGCCUAUCCCAGCUGACUUCGGGCAAGAGGGGUGGUUGUCAGUCAAUCGCAGGGCACAUAUAGACCAUCAACCAUUAAUGCUCACGUUCAUGGACACCUAAGGACAAUUUAGAGAGGCCAGUUAAACUAACAUGCAUGUUUUUGGAAGGUGGGAGAUUCAAACCCAGUGGCCUAUAUGCUAUAUGCCACUAGACCAUGGUGCAGCCCCAAGAGCUGAGUUUCUUGGAAAUUUACAACACUUUUUCACAGAAAUCAUUCAAGGCUUCUAUUUCUUUGAAAGAAACUACUGAUGGAACAACUGGAAGUGGCCAUAUGAUAGACAGCAUGGACAGUAGUACUGGCACACCUGGCCAUUACACUUACAGGAAAUCGAAAUGGAAAAAAGAAUCUCAGUUACGCCCCCUUCGCAACUGUAACUGUGUCUGUUGCUCUAGAAGAUUAUUUGUGAGGCCAGAAAACCUGAGAGAGGGCCUGCUGGCUUUCCAUGUCCCGAUCUGUUUGAUGGGCCGCUUUUUCUACACAGAACUCAUCCAACCACAUAUUUACGGACCUUGCUUUAUACGCUGUGGCACUAUUCCUGCAAAGAACUGCAAAGAGAAUUGUCCAAAAUGUCCAGCUCCUUAAUACUUUUGUCCAAUGUAGUGCAUAAGGGAUACUCAAUUUGUCUGGGAAGUAGCAGACUGAGGAGGGUGGCUUUAUUACUUCACAACCAUAUCUUUAUAUUGUUAUUGCACCAAUUCACAUGAUUAAACUUUUUUUUAA